UCCAAGGCGGCGGGAGUAAGAGGAAACCCCAUGGUUUGUGGCAUCUGCAUUCGCAAAUCCCCAGCAACACCAGCGGCAAAGUUUGGUACACGUGGGAGUGGCUUAUGCAAAAAAUGCUUAACUGAUGUUGAGAUUUCUUCACCUAUUCAGAAAAGGACAGCUAAACUCAUCUCAAAGUACGAGAAACAGAUUGAGGAGCUAACCAGCCAGUGCAACAUCAAGUCCGACGAGUGCUCCAUGGCGUGGUCUUUAGUAGAAUCUACCAAUCAAGAACUUGACAGGCUUAAGAUGGAGCUUCACCAAAAGCUUGUGCAAACUGAUAAUUUUGAACAAGUCCUUGACACACAAACGGACCAACUAAGAAAAGUUUCUCAGAACUACGAAAAUGACAAGAAACUAUGGGCUGCUGCCAUAUCUAACUUGGAGAGCAAAAUCAAGGCCAUGAAACAAGAGCAAGCACUGUUAUCUCUUGAAGCACACGACUGUGCGCACGCGAUUCCUGAUUUGAGUAAGAUGAUUGAAGCUGUUCGAGCCUUAGUUGCACAGUGUGACGAUCUGAAAAUGAAGUACCACGAGGAGAUGGCCAAGAGAAAGAAACUUCAUAAUAUUGUCCAGGAGACAAAAGGAAAUAUUAGAGUUUUCUGCAGAUGCCGCCCCUUGAGCAAAGUUGAGACAUCGUCAGGGUACAAAUGUGUUGUAGAUUUUGAUGGAGCUAAUGAUGGCGACAUUGGGAUUAUAAAUGGUGGAACAGCAAAAAAGACAUUCAAGUUUGACAGAGUCUACACCCCAAAGGAUGACCAAGCUGAGGUUUACGCCGAUGCAUCUCCACUAGUCACGUCAGUGCUAGAUGGAUACAAUGUAUGCAUAUUUGCAUACGAACAAACAGGAACCGGGAAGACCUUCACCAUGGAAGGGACUGAAAGGAACAGAGGGGUAAACUAUAGAACUCUGGAGGAGUUGUUCAAGAUUGCUGAGGAGAGAAAAGACACUGUCACGUACAACAUAUCUGUUAGUGUGCUUGAGGUGUACAAUGAACAAAUCAGAGACCUCCUUGCAACAUCCCCUUCAUCUAAGAAGUUGGAGAUCAAACAAGCAGGUGAAGGAUCCCAUCAUGUGCCCGGCAUAGUUGAGGCCAAAGUUGAGGACAUAAAUGAAGUUUGGGAUGUCUUACAAACUGGAAGCAAUUCGAGGGCUGUAGGGUCAAACAAUGUGAAUGAACACAGCAGUCGCUCACACUGCAUGCUUUGUAUCAUGGUUAGAGCAAAGAACCUGAUAAAUGGGGACUGUACAAGAAGUAAGCUUUGGUUAGUUGAUCUUGCUGGAAGCGAGCAGUUAGCCAAGACAGGCGCGCAAGGUGAUCGGCUCAAGGAAGCACAAAAUAUCAACAGGUCGCUUUCUGCUUUAGGGGAUGUCAUUUCUGCUCUUGCUUCCAGAAGCAGCCACAUCCCUUAUAGGAAUUCCAAGCUGACGCACUUGCUCCAAGACUCUUUAGGAGGGGAUUCGAAAGCCCUAAUGUUUGUGCAAAUUAGCCCAUCCGACAAUGACGUGUCAGAAACCUUGAGUUCGUUGAACUUUGCAAGCCGUGUCCGUGGCAUAGAACUGGGCCCAGCAAAGAAGCAGGUGGACACAGCCGAGCUUCAGAAGGUCAAACAGAUGGUGAGUGUCGGUAUUGCCUUCUGCUGAAGCUUCUUAGGUGCG